AAUCUCUCCGCCAACGCAGUGACGCAAAGACGAACCGCUGCUCCGAAUAAAACGAAGCGGGGAAGUGAAGCCUGAGCAGCACUGCAAAAUGUUAGAUUCCCUUGCGUUGCUGUUGGAAAAAACCUUCCUUCUUGCACAUUUUAACUUUUUCAGCACAACUUCAUCUAAACAAGAAAAAUGCCCAAUACGCCGCGAGGAGAGCACUUAUUUCCAGCGCGGGGAUCUGCUGGAGGUUCCUCGCACUUUGUUCACUCAUUUUGGGAUUUAUCUCGGUGACAACAAAGUUGCACACCUUAUGCCUGACAUACUGCCGGUUCUGACGAGCAACAAAUCUCAAAUCCAGAAAGUUGUGACGAAUACGAGACUGCUGCUCGGUGUGAUCUACAAGUACGCCUCAAUACGCGUCGACACGGUGGAGGAUUUUGCCUACGGAUCCCCUAUUUUACUGAACACGAUGGAUACUACCCUGAGGAGACAGCCGCUGGCCGCCGAGGAGGUCGCCAGAAGAGCCGAAAAACUUAUUGGUCAUAUUCCGUAUAGUCUUCUGUGGAAUAACUGUGAACAUUUUGUCACUUACUGCCGCUACGGGACAGCGGCCAGCCAACAGACCGAGCAGUUUUGUGAAAAUGUAAAAUCAGUAAUCCGGGACCAGAGGAGUGUUCUUCUGACCAGUGUCAUCGGAAUGCUUUCCAUGUUUUUCCUUGGAAUAGCGCCAUCCACUGCACUUCCAACUUUCAUCAUUCCUUUCAUCUUGUGGAUGGCUGGAUGAGAGACACUUCAAAUCUAAACCCUUACGAACAAUUUAACGUAGCAAAAGUUUUUUGGCUUUAUUAUAGAAUGUCACAGCAGCUAUUGUUGUCACUGACAAUUGUAUUUUUUUGCUAUUAAUAACUUAAUCUUUUUCAUUAUUUUUACCUUCAUAUAUUAACAUUUUACAUAUUUUUUUAUGACACCCUUUUUAGAAAACAUACUGUACAGUAUUAACAAGUAAAUAAAUCUAAUUUCAAAUGAUAUAAUGCUG